AUGGUUCGCGAAACCAAACUCUAUGACGUCCUGGGGGUCGCUCCCACUGCCACUGAACAGGAGCUCAAGAAGGCCUACAAGGUCAAUGCCCUGAAGUAUCAUCCUGAUAAGAAUGCCCACAACCCCGCAGCCGAGGAGAAAUUCAAGGAGGUCUCCCACGCCUAUGAGAUCCUUUCCGACUCCCAAAAGCGCCAGGUGUACGACCAGUAUGGUGAGGCAGGUCUAGAGGGUGGUGCCGGCGGCGGCAUGGCCGCUGAGGAUCUCUUCGCUCAGUUCUUCGGCGGCGGCAGCUUUGGCGGCGGCCUUGGUGGCAUGUUCAGCGGCAUGCAGAACCGUGGCCCCCCCAAGGCUCGCACGAUCCACCACACUCACAAGGUCUCUCUCGAGGAUAUCUAUCGCGGGAAGAUCUCCAAGCUGGCCCUGCAGAGGUCAAUCAUUUGCCCCAAGUGUGAGGGUCGCGGAGGAAAGGAGGGAGCUGUUCGCCGCUGCCCCGGCUGUGAUGGUCACGGUAUGAAGACGAUGAUGCGACAGAUGGGACCCAUGAUCCAGCGCUUCCAGACCGCUUGCCCCGACUGCAACGGUGAGGGAGAGAUUAUCAAGGAAAAGGAUCGCUGCAAGCAGUGCAACGGCAAGAAGACCAUUGUCGACCGGAAGGUCCUCCAUGUCCACGUUGACCGAGGUGUCAAGAGUGGCACGAGAGUCGAGUUCCGCGGUGAAGGCGACCAGGCACCUGGUAUACAGGCUGGUGAUGUUGUGUUCGAGAUCGAGCAGAAGCCGCAUCCGCGCUUCACUCGUAAGGAUGAUGACCUACUCUUCCACGCCGAUAUCGAGCUUGUGACUGCCCUUGCUGGUGGUACCAUCUACGUUGAGCAUCUUGAUGAAAGAUGGCUCAGCGUCGAGAUUCUCCCUGGUGAAGCUAUCUCGCCAAAUGCCGUCAAGAUGGUGCGUGGCCAGGGUAUGCCGUCGUAUCGUCACCACGACUUCGGCAACCUCUACAUUCAGUUCUCUGUCAAGUUCCCAGAGAAGUCUUGGACUCAGGAUCCUGCCGCAUUCGAGGCCUUGCGAAAGCUCCUGCCCCCACCUGCGCUGGAGAACAUCCCUCCCGCUGAUGCCAUGACUGAGCCCGCUGAUCUUGAGGACAUUGACGGCCAAUCAGGCGCCAAGGUCUUCGGCGGCGCCGCAGGCCAGGCGAUGGAUGAGGAUGAGGAGGACGGCCAUCCUCACGCUGAGCGCGUCCAGUGCGCUUCCCAAUAA